AUGCGCUCGUGUCACUCUCUGCUCCUCCUCCUGCUCAUCGCCCCGCCCCUCCAAGCCGACCGCCAGAGAGGCCACCUCUUGGCCGACCGCCGGAGAGGCCACAUCUUUGUGAUGAACACCGACCUCCGCUUCCUAGCGUGCGACGCGUGGCUCUGCCCCGUCUCCGAGUCUAUGGAACUGAGCCCGCGUUGGCAGCGCUCGAUCCGCGAGUGCGAGCAGCCCGAGCGGCCACGCGGAUGGGGCAGCUCGAUCCGAGCUGUGCGCUGCCUUCCGCGGACGGCGGCAGCGCUGCGGCGGCGGCGAGAAGAGCGGUACAAGCAGUACGAGCACCCUCGCCCAUACCUGACGCUGGUGAUGGGCGAGCCGCUUCCUGCCUCCCUUCUCUCGCUCAAUCAGUUCCUCGACCAGGUCGUCGCGGACCUGCGAGGCCGCUCGCGCUUCGGCCGCGCCCUUCCUCUUGUGGCAGUGCCCAUCUUUGGCGCCGGCGUCGCGGCGGCAGAAUUGCUUCAAUUCGGGAGCCCUUCUCUACCUUCUGACUCCUCCUGCGACGAGCAGAGCGGCGAGAUCAUCGCGGCGAUGCUGCGCGAGCUGCACGCCUUUGCGAGCCGCCACGCGUGCGACGUCGCCCUCUGCACCGUCGACUCGUCCGCCUUUGGCGCCGCGCAGCAGGCGCCGCCUGCUCUUGCAGCUCGCCAGCCCCUGAGCAUUCGCUUUGGCCCUGAGCCUUCGAUCACCGAGCCCAAACUGAGCACUGCACCGAGCCACAAACUAAGCACCCGGAGCCAAGAACGACCUCGACCCGAGUCACAGGCGCGCCGCCGCCUCCUCGGCGCGCGCUCGCCCGACCAGCUCGGCCGCCUCUACCGACUCCGCGCGCCGGCGGACGCCGCGUCGGCCGACGAGUACGAGGCGCGAGGCGGACGGAGUCUCUCGACGGCGGAGGUGGACCGGCUCGCGCGGCUGCUGCUGAACGGGCAGACGUCGCUCUUCCUCGGCGCGGGCGUCUCGAUCGACGCCGGCCUGCCCUCUUGGUCGCAGCUCAUCGAGCUUCUUGCCGCCGAGCUCGCAAUCUCGCCGCCGGACCGCGCGUCGCUCGCCUCCCUCAACCCGCUCGAGGCCGCCUCCCUCCUCGCCGCGCGGGCGGGAGGCGACGCCGCCCUCAAGCGGCUCUGCGCGCGGAUCGUCGGCAUGGCGAAGCGCCACUCGCCGCAGCACGCGCUGCUGGCUGGCCUCCCCUUCAAGGGGUGCGUGACGAGCAACUUCGACGAGCUCUUUGAGCUCGCCGUGCGCGGCGCCGGCGUCGACACUGCUGGCGGUUGGGCGGCCAGAUCGUGCCUCAAGCUGCACGGCUCCGUCUCGCGCCCCGACUCGCUCGUGCUGACGCGGGCGGACUACGCGAGCUUCUCGCGCGAGCAGGCCGCGAGCCAGGGCGUGCUGCAGGGCUUGCUCCUCACGCAGCACGUCCUCUUCCUCGGCUUCUCGAUGCGCGACGAGAAUUGGUGCCGCAUCGUCGAGACGGUCCGCGGGUCCGUCGCGCCCAACCACGGCCGCGAGGAGCUGCCGGAGGAGGGGCUGGCGGCGGAGGGGCAACCGGCGGAGGAGGCGAGGGCCGGCGUGGAGGGGGCGGCGGCGUGGCGCCGCCCGCCGGGGCGCACGUCGCUGGGCACGAUGUUUCCCCUCGAGGCGGACCGCAUGUUCGACGCGCUGUGGCGGCCGCUCCUGCACGUGACGCCUGUGGACGGCCUGCACCUCCCGCCGGGCGGCGCUGUCCGCCUGACGCAGCGCGAGCGGCUGCAGCACCACGCGAGGUCGCUCGAGAUCUUCCUCGACCACGUCGGCUCCGCGGUCGAGUCUCGCCGCUGCCGCGUGCUGCUCAACCCAAAGUACGCCUCGCUCCUGACGCCGCGCUCGCUAGCCCUCUCCAAGGCCAUCACGGCCUUCCUCGACGGCCUUCCACCCGAAGCGGUCGCCUCGGGGCCUUUCCAGCCGAUUCUGCGUCUCUUCCUGCGCAUGGGGUUGCGCACAAAGGCGGCGAGGGAGUUGGUGGGCGACGACACCCUCGAGGGGCCGUACCGAGCGCGUCUGGCAGAACUGGUCGCUUCCGACGGGGGGGAGGAGGAGUAG